UUUUUGUAGUUUUAUAUUUACAUUUGAUAAUAAUGGAUAUUCCUAAAUGUAAUUUAAGUUUUGUUAUCCUUAUGUUUAAAGGUUAAGAUACUUAUGUUUAAAUGAUCUAUUAGAUCGUUUUAGGAAAAUUUUUCUCUUUCAAUUAUGUUUUAUUAACUGUUAUUACUGUUUUAUAUGGAUUUUAUUUAUUUAUUUUUAGAUGGAAUUGAUGCAUUUUUUUAUUCUGCUGGAAUUCUUCCUAGGAGAAAAUUAAGUUAUCAUGAUGAAGAGUCGUCUGUAGAUCUGAAAUGUGAACAUUGCUUAUAUUCUACACAAAAAAUUGUUAAUUUUGAAAAACAUUUGUCAAUUCAUAUUGGGAAUGAAACUUAUGAUUGCGAACGUUGUGGAGAAGAAUUUAACAAUCAUAUAGAUUUGUUAAGACAUUUAUGUAAUUCCACAGGGGAGAAAACUUUUAAUUGUAAAUACUGCACAAAAGAAUUUACUUUUCAAACAAGUCUGCAAAAGCAUAUGCGUAGGCACACAGGUUAUCAAUCAUAUGCUUGUGACCAAUGUAAUAAAAAAUUUCGUGAAAAAAAUGAGCUUGUACGCCAUCAACGAAUUCACACGGGUGAAAAAAAUUUUGAUUGUGAACAGUGUGAAAAAAGUUUUUGUGAACGAAAGGAUCUAUCACGUCAUGUUCAGUCCCAUAGCGGAGAAAAGCCAUUUGUUUGCGAUGCAUGUGGGAAAAAAUUCAGCCGUAAAAAUGAUUUAUUAAGACAUACUCGUGUGCAUACUGGAGAAAAGCAUUUUAAUUGUGAAUAUUGUGGAAAAGAAUUUUAUAGGAAAGAUAAACUAAAUAUUCACGUACGUGUUCAUACUGGGGAAAGACCUUUCACGUGUGGAUUCUGUGGUCGGGGUUUCAGUGCAAAAACUGACAUGAUGCGCCAUUUCCGUCUUCAUACUGGAGAGAAGUCAUUUAUGUGCGAAUUUUGUGGCAAACUAUUUAAUUUGAAGACACAGCUGGGUAACCAUGUUUGUGUGCAGUGAUUAGUAUUAAUUUUAAUUUUAGCAGUUCAAAUUGUGUUGCGUGUGUUUUUAAUCUGUAUUAGUUUAAUUAAGCAAAUCAUGUAUUGAUAUUUAUGGUGUAAAAAGCUUCAACAAAUCAUAACUUCCUGUCUGAUCAGUUAUUUAAUGGAAACAAAGGAGAAGGAACACAGAUUUCCAGAAAUGAUUGUUUGUACAGAAAAUGGAAUAGUUUACUGCUAGUUAUUUGUGAGUAAUUUUAGAAGCAGUUUAACUUUUUGUUAUUUCAUUAAAUCUUCUAGCAGUGUGUUCAAGUUUAAAGAAAAGAAAUCAGUUCUGCAAACUGUUAAUGUCUGCUGCCAUAGAAAAAUUUUAUAAUCCACUAUGUACUGUUAAUUGGUGCUUUUCUAAAAGAAUUUCUACUUCGUAUUUAUGUACCCAAUUCUUAUUAUGCAAGUGAAAUGUUUUUAUUAGAUAUAUUAGUAACCGAACAAUGAGAGUAAACUUUCAGUUUUGUGCACCGAAAAAACUGCCUUCUUCCCCCGCUGGCCAAAUUGCUUGUUUUUGCAUAGAAACUGUAAU